AUGAGCGACGACGAAGGACCGUGUCAAGGAGGAGGCAACAUUUCGCGAAACUCUUCGCGGUUCUUAGUCAACCGGGUUGCGACCGUCAGCGAUUCAAAUGAGGCGUUGAACAUGAUCGAGAAUGAUUACGAAGUCGGGGACGCCGGCCGAGUGGCUGUCAGUGAGGCGAAACAGGUGAAGUUCUCAAUCGCUGAGACCGUGGACAAGGUCGAGGACAACAAAAAUGACAUGUCGUCGGGAUUGGCCAGCUCUCGACGGGACACUUUCCAAAGCGUCGACUUAUUCUGCCAGUAUACCACUACAACCAACGAUGCGACCAACCUGAAAAGCUUUCGCAACGUGCAGACGAUGGAGCGCGUGCCGAACGUCGACCAUUACCGCAACGUGAUGUCGAUCGAGGGCGCGAUCGCCUCUCGACCUUCGCUCGCGCAGCUGCACGAAAAGACCUACGAGAAGGAAGGAGAAAUCGUCUCUUUCAAGAAUGUUCUUCCAGAAAGUGAAGAAAUUCGAGUCUCAGGUGCCUCUGCUAAGCUUGGAUGGAUUCAGGGCGUGUUCAUGCGAUGUGUGUUAAGUAUUUUGGGCACAAUUAUGUUUCUGCGCAUCAGUUGGAUCUCCGGUCAUGCAGGGAUUCUUUUCAGCGGUCUGAUAAUUUUGUUAAGCUCCGUGUUAAGUUAUAUUACGGCGCUGUCUAUGUGUGCCAUCUGCACCAACGGUGAAUUGAAAGGAGGUGGCGCCUAUUUCAUGAUUUCGCGCUCCCUUGGACCCCAGUUUGGCGGAAGCAUCGGUGUGAUAUUCUCUUUGACUCUCGUCGCUUCAACAGCCAUGUGCACCGUCGGUUUCGCCGAAACCAUAAGGGAUCUUCUCAAUCAAAACUUUUUCCCUGACUGGCGCGACGAGAACUUUUUCUCGGUGUUCGCGGUGUUCUUUCCGGCGAUGACCGGCUUCAUGGCUGGCGCCAACAUUUCCGGUGACCUGAACGAACCGCAGAAAGCCAUUCCGAAAGGAACGUUGCUCGCGUUGCUCGUCACCAUCUUGUUGUACUUCUUUGUGGCCGUAGUCACCGCCUCUACCUGUUUGAGGGAUGCGACGGGGAAUGUGUUCGAUCUGUUCAACGGCACUCUCGUAUGUAACUCAACCGAAAACUGUCCAUACGGCCUGAUUCACUACUACCAGAUUUUGGAACUGGAAGGCGCUUGGGGUCCGCUGAUCACCGCUGGCAUUUUGGCUGCCACGCUGAGUUCCGCUUUGGCCGGAUUCGUUGCUGCCCCGAAGGUCUUUCAGGCGGUUUGUAAAGACAAUCUUUUCCCAUACAUCUCUUGGUUCGCAAAGGGAUUCGGCAAGGACGAAGAGCCUCGUCGCGCAUACGUCCUUACGUUCGUCCUCACCGUCGCUCUCGUACUCAUAGGUAGGGUGAUUAUGCUGUUUUUGAACAGAUGAAU